AAUACCGUGCCACCACAGGCGGCCUCCUCCAUUGCUUCUCUUCUCCUCUCUUCUUCCUCUCUCCGUUGCCAGAGCGCCGUCAGCCAUCGUCGCCGGGAAACGGGAGUCACUUUGUUGCUGAGACUUGAGACGGGCAGAAUGUCUUCUUCGCCUCCGGCGUCGACGGUGUCGGACGCGGCGGCGGCGGCGGGGCCGCCGUCGCAGCUGGCCAUCAGCAACGGGGUGCUGCUGGCGGCGGUGAUCUUCCUCUUCAUGGUCGUCGUCUUCGUCUUCCUCCUCUACCUCUACGCCAAGCGCUUCCUGGGGGCCAACCCCAUGCUCAACGGCGCCGGGACGGCCUCCUCGCGCUUCAUCUUCGUCGGCGACUCCCCGUUCCCGCGCCGCGGCCUGCCGGCCUCCGUGCUCCGGACCCUCCCCGUGGCCGUAUACGGCAGCGGCGCCUCGCCCAAGACGCCCGGCGGCGGGAGGAGGAGCAGCCGCGACGCGCUCGAGUGCGCGGUGUGCCUCUCGGAGGUGGCCGACGGCGAGAAGGUGCGGACGCUGCCCAAGUGCGGCCACCGCUUCCACGUCGACUGCAUCGACAUGUGGUUCCACUCCCACGACACCUGCCCGCUCUGCCGCGCCCCCGUCGGCGCCGACGCCGAGCCCGCCGCCGAGGGGCUCCCCCGCGUGCCGCGCGAGGACCACGCCACGCCGGAGUUCCCCAUGUUCCCCACCAACGUCCUCUUCUGGGGCACCCACGACGACGUCUCCAACGGCGGCCUCGGAGGGAUGCCGCCCCCGCCUGCCCCGGCGCCCCCGAUCGCCGCCGCCUCCACCAGCUCCUCGGCGUCCGGGCGCAGGAAGGAGAACCUGGUGAUCGACAUCCCCACCCGGGCAAUGGCGGUGGGCGCCGCGUCGUCCCCCGUGACGCCGCUGCCGGCGAGCGACCUGCGGUCCCCCAUGUCCGCCCGGCUCCGCUCGCUGCGCCGGCUCCUGAGCAGGGGCAAGCAGGCCGUGGUGGGCGCGUCCUCCUCCAGCCCGCGCGGCGGCGGCGACAUCGAGCAGGGCCUCGCCGGACGCCCGCCGAAGACGCCCAAGACACCUCCGGCGUCGAACUGAUCCGAAAACUACAUAGCUCUCUGGCGCAUUGGCUCGCCUCGCCGAUCACCGGAGAGUCUAUACAUACAUGUGUUCAUUCUUUCAUCUUCUCCCCUUUAAUUCUCUUUUCUUCUUCUCUUUUCCGCCAAGGAUUUUGGCCAGAAAUUCUGAUGUAAACAAAAAGAUGUUUGGCAUUGGUGUCACUGAUUGGUUAUUGAUGUCGAUGGAUCAUUGAUGAAA